AUGGCCGAGGUGGACGUUGCACCGACCUUCGGCGCGGAAUUGAAGGAUGGCUUCAAACCCGCCAACGCCUGGGUCGCCAACGGCAUAGCAUGGCUCGACGAUAUCCAAGGCUUCUACCGCGAACGUGCCGCGAUCGAGAAGGACUACGCCAAACAACUGACAGCCCUCGCGAACAAGUAUUUCGAGAAGAAAGCAAAGAAGUCCGCGGGGCUCGGUGUCGGUGACACGCCGACCAUGACACCUGGUUCCAUAGAGAGCGCUUCCGUCACGACAUGGACCACACAAUUGACAACCCUCGAGGGCCGAGCCAAGGAACACGACAAUUAUGCGAACGACCUCAUCACCAAAGUUGCCGAGCCCAUGAAGGUCCUCGGCACGCGGUUCGAGGAGGUCCGGAAGAAACACGCCGAGUACGCCGACAAGCUGGAGAAGGAACGAGACUCUUCCUACGCCGAGCUGCGCAAGACGAAAGGCAAAUAUGACGCCGUGUGUCAAGAGGUCGAGAGCAAGCGCAAGAAGUCCGAGUCGUCGUUUGACAAGGCAAAAGCACAGAGCGCAUACCAGCAACAAAUCAUCGAGAUGAACAACAUCAAGAACACCUACCUGAUAUCGAUCAACGUCACCAAUAAGCAGAAGGAGAUGUACUACCACGAGUACCUGCCCGAGCUCCUGGACAGCCUGCAAGAUCUCAACGAGUUCCGGGUACUGAAAUUGAACGGGCUCUGGACAUUUGCGUCGCAACUGGAAAUGGGUAUGCUGCAACAGAGCCAAGGGUUGAUUCAGCACCAGACCGAGGAGAUCUCGCGGAACCAGCCACAUCUCGACUCGAUGAUGUACAUCCGACACAACAUGGGCGCAUUCAACGAGCCACCAGACAGGGUCUUCGAGCCGAGCCCCGUGUGGCAUGACGAGCCGACGAUGGUCGUGGACGAGACGGCUAAGAUCUAUCUGCGAAAUGUCCUCAACAAGUCCAAGGGCUCGCUGGGAGAGCUAAAGCGAGAAGUAGAUAAGAAGAGGAGGGAGGUGGAAGGGGCGCAAAGGGCAAAGCAGAGGGUGCGCGACGGGCAAGACAAGAGCGAUGAGGUGACUGUCGUCGCAGCCAUGUUCGCGCUCCAGGAGCAGCUUCAUGCCGUGGACAGGAAAAAGGUCACCGCCGAGGUCGAGACAUCCACCAUCACUGCCGUCGUAGGAGACGUCACGCUCGGCGCCAAGAAUCACAAUUUCAAAUCCCAGACAUUCAAGAUCCCAACAAACUGCGACCUCUGCGGCGAGAGAAUAUGGGGCCUCUCGGCAAAGGGCUUCGACUGCCGCGAUUGCGGGUACACGUGCCACAGCAAGUGCGAGAUGAAGGUUCCCGCCGAGUGCCCUGGCGAGUCGUCCAAGGAGGAACGCAAGAAACUGAAGCAGCAACGGCAGGAAGCCGCCAACUCGCUUCUCAGUCCCAGCCCUGCUUCCGGCGACAAGGUCGCGGAGCUGCCCGCUCUGUCGAGGACGAACACUAUGAACAGCAUGUCUUCAGGAUACGCCGCCAGCGCGCACCGGUCGAUCACGACCGCAAUGAGCCCAACGGAAGAGGAGACGCCGCCAGAGGUCCCCACGAGCACGAGGCCUACGUCUACGAUCGCAUCUGGCUCGGUCAGGAAGAACAGGGUCAUCGCGCCCCCGCCGGCGGCAUACAUCAGCGAGCUGCCAGGAAGUGCGCCAAACGGGUCGGGAGCUAGCCACCAGGAGGUGAAAGCGAAGAUGCUGUUCACGUUCGAAGCAAAUGGCGAAGGAGAGAUCUCUGUACCUGAGGGCAGGGAGGUCGUCGUGCUAGAGCCCGAUACUGGAUCCGGAUGGACCAAGGUCCGCGCGGGCUAUAAGGAAGGCAUCGUGCCGGCCUCCUACAUCGAGGUGCUACCGGCGUCGGCGAUCGCGCCUCAGCACACGGGGGCGUCGGCGCGGCCGCCCUCGACGUACAGCAACUCGGGCUCCUCGAUAGGCGGCGCCCCGACGAUCAAGAAAAAGGGCCCAGCGGUGGCGCCCCGGCGCGGGGCCAAGAAGCUGCGGUACGUCGAGGCGCUCUACGACUACACGGCGCAGUCCGACACCGAACACACCAUGGUGGAGGGGGAGAGGUUCGUCCUCAUCAAGGAGGACCCCGGCGACGGCUGGGCCGAGGUCGAGAAGGGCGGGCUUACCAAGAGCGUGCCUGCUAGCUACGUGCAAGCUGUUUGA